GUCGGGCUCAAUUGCAUUCCUCUGUGGAUGGCAGUUGCCUGACUCAUCUGCUACUUGCGUCUUUCCUAGCUCAAAAGACCUCUGCAGUUCGGCUAUUCGCAAGUCGGAGAAUUUGGUCCCCUCGGUUAUAUUGACAUCUACAGCACUUGGGGUAGCUUAGGCCAUCAUCGAUUCAUACUUUCCUUCUCUUCUGGCUACUGCAACAGACAGAAAAGAAGUCCUGCCACUAUCUUCUCAUCUGUUUUUCAUUUCCAGCACCUUGCCAGCGGCUCAUGAGAUGAUCACUUGCAUCUCGGCACAGUACAGCUCACGUUACGCCUCGUUGCUUUUUCUAUCGACGUCAUUCUAAGCUGCCCAUUCAUUCCGUUUUGAAUUAAUGCGGCCAAGGUUCACCAUGGUCUCGAGUCCGUUUCUUGUAGCGCCUAUCCGCGCAUCCGGGCAAUAUUGUCCCCGCCUAUUAAAUGGGAUGAAAUCCAUCCCCAUUGCCCAUGGCUCUGCCGUGCGGACAAGUUGGCAAGGGGUUCGGCCAGUUGAGUCAUGCUACUCUUCGAUGUUUACAUUAGCUAGACCUUCGCGCUCCUUGCAGCACCGACCAUUGGCGAAGAACGCAUUGACCUGCACCGGGGCAUUAUCCCCUUGGGUACAGGGAUUUCAUCAGCAGAAGAUGCUGUUGGAGGAUAAGAAGGAAUCGGAUCAGCAGGCUCCUAGUGGCUCUAAACCAGACCCCAAAAAGUCGCCAAUUCUCUCCAGGAUACCGCGACCCACCACCCAUGAGAACAUCUACACCGUGCCCAACAUUCUCACUUUCUCUCGUUUGGUCGCUGCUCCCUUAGUGGGGUACUUUUUGGUACACGACCACCAUGCGGCAGCACUGGGUCUCUUUGCAUAUGCUGGCAUCACAGAUCUCGUUGAUGGUUAUAUUGCACGGCGCUAUAACCUCCAGACGGUAGUCGGCACGAUCAUCGACCCAAUGGCUGAUAAAUUACUGAUGACCAUCGGUGUCGCUUGUUUGGCAGUCAAUGGGUCCAUCCCUGUUUGGCUUGCGGUCAUCAUCCUAGGUCGAGACAUUGGUCUCGCCUUGUCUGCUAUAUAUUAUCGCUGGAUCUCUCUUCCGCCACCCAAGACCAUGGCCCGGUACUGGGACUUCUCUUUGCCAUCUGCAGAAGUGAAGCCCACGGAAAUCUCGAAGAUCAACACGGCCCUGCAGCUUCUGCUUGUUGGCAGUGCCAUCGCUAUGCCUGUGGUUCCGGAGGCAUUCCUUGAUGCAUGGCACCUGAAGGAGGCAAUGACCGCUUUCCAGUACCUCGUUGCCGCAACGACCCUCUGGUCCGGCCUGAGCUACGUCUUCUCCCGAAAUGCCGUGAAAAUUCUCACCAAGGAAGAAAUCCAGAAGCGCAUUGCCAGAGCCAGCGCGAACAAAAAGUCUUCAUAGAUUAUCGAGUCCGAGUUGUACAGUACCAUGUGUAUAUAGACUGCCACGGCACACCCAGCAUAGCAUACUGAUCGG